AUGCUGACCCCAAGGUUCUUAGGUUGUGCUGCUCCUGGACUCUCCUGUCUCCUCCCAAUAUUUUGGCUGCUCUUUCUCUGGCUCAGUGCCCGAGCAGGAGGCGAUGACCUCUGUAAUUCUGGCGAGUGCUGUUUUAAAGAGAUGCCAUUUCAGGGUGAAGAAACAGUCUUUGCCGGAGGCCCGUGGGAUCUGCUUUGUUACAAGGUGUUUCCAGAUGGUUAUGAAUGUUCUUGGAAAUACACUGGUGCCUCAGCAAAUGUUACCCAUUUCCUGAGGUGUUGUUUUGGGACUGGGUCCUGUUGUUAUUUCAAAACUGGAAAUGCUCACAGCAUCACAUUCUCUGACCAAGAUAAAGUGCCUGUUUUUCAAAAUGUCACUUUCUGGGUGGAAUCACACAGUGGAAAUAGCAUUCAGAAGUCCCAGAAUAUUACAGUGCUACUCUUCUCUUCAGUAAAAUUUGACCCUCCAUCUGAGGAUAUACAUUUCUCCAAGUCCAACAGCAUGCUCAUCAUAAAAUGGAAGACCCCCGAGAAGCAGGAGCAUGCGGUAACCGAAUAUCGAUACAGGAUGAGGAAUGCAUCAUGGGAAAAGGGAGACUGUGGGAUCCAGGAGGACCCAGAUUUGGAGACCUGCAGCAUACAUUUUGAGAAAGAUGUUGCCUGUGAAUUUCAGAUCCGCCGCCAAAAAAACGCCCAUGGAGGCCACUGGAGUAACUGGAGCAAGUCUAUUUGCAUUCCUGCUGAAAUUCGUAGAAGUCCAGAGGUGAAUUACACAGUAGGAAAACUUGAGAAUAAUGGGACGAGAAAGCUGUUCCUCACCUGGGAGAAAUUAAACCCCGAGCUUCCAGAAGGCUGUCGUAAUCCUGGAAGCAGGAUGGAAGUCAAUUACACUCUAGUAGUUCACAUGCUAUCCUGCCAGUGUCAGCAGAAGGCGGAGAAGAGAAUGAAACCCAAGACAACACUGACAAUUUCUGGGGCUGCUUAUAACUUCUCAGUGGGAACUUUGAAUACCAUUGGACCUGGUCCUAACCAGACCUAUCACGUUCCACCUGAUGCACAGACAGAAAUCAGGUCUCCAAGCGUCAACUUCUCUGGAGGCAUCAUGCUCUUAAAACACGAGGUCAAGAGUUACUGCAUCGAAUGGUAUCCCCAGGCUGCUGACUGGACGAAUGCCACAUGCGCUCUGAAAAGCAUCUCUGAGGAGAAAAUUCCUGUGGCUACAAGUAAUGCAACAGAGGCAAGAGUGAGGCAUAGCCAGACUAACGCUUCAGGUAACAUGGAGCCUGGGAAAUGUUAUCGAAUUGCAGUUUACUCUUCUGACAAACCCAAAAGUUUGAUGUCCUGGUCUACUCUCUUUUCCACCUACCAUUUCAGUAGAGAUGCUUCAAAAUCAGGGCCCAGUCAAAUCAAGAUUACAAACAUAACAGUGGACUCAGUUUCCCUGGAGUGGAAGCCUUCACCCCUCAGCCAGUGCCCUGGAAUUUUAAAAGAAUACAUCAUUGAUUGCACAGAUGAGAAGAACAAUGAAACCAGAUAUUUUCCGGUGAAUGCUUCUUUGUUGCAAUACACCCUUCAGAACUUGAACCCUAAUACCUUUUACCGAAUUCAGAUUCGGGGAGACACAGCCACAGAGAAAGGAGCCUGGAGCCAACCACAAAGGUUUUGGAUUCAUACAACUGAUAAAAAGCAAGUGGAUGGCUACUUCUUCCUUGUUUGCCUGGGGAUUUUUGGAUUCAUUGUCAUCACUGGUAUACUUGGAUACUUUGGGGUAAAGAGGGUCAAGAAACACCUGUGCCCACCUGUGCCAGAUCCCUUGGCCAGUGAUGCCACCAAAUUCCCAGAAAGUGAGCUGAAAUUGGCUAGGCAAUGGACAAGAAUCCCAGACCAGUGUGAAGAAGCUGGUCCUGGGGAACCUUUGGUAAUAGAGGCUUGCUUAGAUACCGGGGAAGUGGAUGUGAACCAGGAGACUGGGAUACUAUACAUGCAUGAUAAAAUGCAAGAGAUGAAAGAGACAGCAGACACCAAGGAGGCUCGGACUGGUUCAGAAGAGGAGCCCCCUCUUGAGACUGACCUUCCCUUUGAGUACAGAAGGCAGAUGCAGGGAGAACCGGAAGUUGAAGAUCUGUGA